AUGGCUGUUUAUUAUGAAGUCGAAGUGCCCUGCGGAAUGCAAGAUGAGUCCACGUGCUAUGACAUAUCUGAAUAUUAUCCCCUGCUGGACGAAAUCUACGACGACUCGAAGCCCGAUAGCGAACCACGGACGCAAAAAUGGCUCGUCAAAGAACGGCGUGUCCAAGUCGGCGACAAGUGGAUAUGGGAAUGGACCCCGGCCGCGAUCGACCCUCACGGUGAGAGCAUCAGGGGAGACCUGCAGGUCAUCCUACAUCCUGCCUCUCGAGCGUCCGCAAAACACGGCAGCUGGAAAGACCUCCUGAGAACUAUCCAUGCGAUAUGGGCCGUGCCGUACACGCCCCAGGUCAUCGCCGCUCUUCAACGCCAUGGGCAGAGGCUGGCCCCGGAGGUCAUCGUGCUGCCUCCAAUCGCGGGUUUGCAGCGCCGUGCCUGA